UGCCUUCAAUGCCUGGCCUCAUUCAUUCCACUAUUUCUCUCUCCUGAGACUGUGGCACUGACGGAAUCUUAGCUGUCGAUCUGGUCGGAGCUCCGACUGGCAAUGGAGAACGCCGACGUAUUUGGAUCGUCGACGGCGCCUCUGACUUGGCACGACUUCCUCGAGCGCAUGCGCCAGCCUUCCGCUGCCGAUUUUGUCAAAGCCAUCAAAAGUUUCAUAGUAUCAUUUUCAAACAAUGCUCCUGAUCCAGAAAGGGAUAGUAAAGCUGUGCAGGAGUUCCUUGGCAACAUGGAAGCUGCUUUUCGAGCUCAUUCACUGUGGGCUGGUUGUUCUGAGGACGAGUUAGAGAGUGCGGGUGAAGGACUGGAGAAAUAUGUCAUGACAAAGCUGUUUUCCCAUGUUUUUGCUUCACAUCCUGAAGAUGUAAAAGUUGAUGAUCAACUUUAUGAGAAGAUUGCUUUGAUUCAACAGUUUGUCAGACCGGAGAAUUUGGAUAUUAAGCCAGUCUUUCAAAAUGAAACAUCAUGGCUGCUUGCUCAGAAGGAGUUACAGAAAAUCAACAUGUACAAGGCACCAAGGGAUAAACUUGUUUGCAUCCUUAAUUGUUGCAAGGUUAUCAAUAAUCUUUUGAUAAAUGCCUCCAUUUCAGCUAGUGAAAAUCCUCCAGGAGCUGAUGAUUUUCUCCCUGUUCUUAUAUAUGUCACUAUAAAGGCAAACCCUCCCCAGCUGCAUUCUAAUUUAUUAUAUAUACAACGGUUUAGGCAUGAAACUCGCUUAGUUUCAGAAGCAGCCUACUUCUUCACAAACAUUCUUUCUGCAGAGUCUUUCAUCAGGAACAUUGAUGCAAAGUCACUAUCAAUGGAUGAAACUGAAUUCGAAAGUAAUAUGCAAUCUGCUCAAGCAGUUCUUUACGGCCUUUCAGCAGACUCGGAUGAUAUAAUUAGUCAUAAUUCCCAGAAUGCUGGAGAAGCCGUGGCACCUAAACAGGCGGUGAACACAAACAACCGCCAAGCCUCUGCUUUGCAGCCCGAGUUUACCACUGAGCCAUCUGAAACUAAACCCAGAAAUGAGGACCAGUAUGUGAAGGAUCAGCCUUCAACUGAUAAAACUCCAUCAAUCUCAGAUCUAGAACAUAAAGGGGCAGCUAUGAUUAUGAAGGAGGACAACGCGGAUGACUUCUUUCAAAAUUUCCCUUAUUUCUACUCUCAGGCUGGUGUCUUAACCAUUGGGGAUGUUGAAGAACUGCUAAAUAACUACAAGCAACUCGUAUUCAAAUAUGUUUGUCUUUCUAAAGGGCUGGGUAUUGAUGUUCCAUCUCCACCAUUUUCGGAAAGUGUUGCAGAACCAGAAGGUGAUGAGACACAGAAAGACCACCCUACAGCAGAUAGUGACAGUAGUGGAAUUCCUAUCACCAAUGAGCAUGAUUCAGAAUCCAAUUUACUAGUAGAUGAAGCUGUUACUAGUAAAAAAGAUGGGGAAGAGGUUGAUGAGUGAUGAGGUUGAUGAGUGAUGAGGUUUCUUAGUGAUAGUUGACAUGUAAAGCUCAUGUAAAAGUAAAAUCAUGUAACUUGCAAUGUGGCCACUAGGUGCUUGUCUUUGUACACUAGGCUGCAAAUUAAGAACCAUUUCUAUUUAGUUACAUCAUUUUUUUUCUUCUUCUAUUUUCUAUAACUAAUUUUCUAAAGAUUUUAAUGUUUUCAUUUUAUGUUGGAAAUUUAGAAAACAUGUGCAAAUUCAA